CAAACGCUUGGCAAAAGCUGCAUGCUAUUUUCCUUAGACCUAAUCAACUUUUACAUAGUGGCACCAUAUUUUAUUUCCGUUAUGGUCAAAAGAUCACAAUCGGAGUUUUCAUCCAAAUAGAAAAGAUCAGCAGCAGCUGAGGUAACACAGCUAUUUUUGACAGAAGCUUAGCCAAGGGCAAAAAAAAAAGAGAUACCUCGAAGCUAAUUAUUCGGGUUUUAGCACCUUUUGCUUAUUAUGUUUCCUCCCAUCGGUCCGCUUUGAUAUGUACAUUAUAUCCGUUUUCAGUCGCCACCGCUCGUCUUUUGUUUCUCUCGGAUUUUGAUACGUUUUAAUAAGUGAUAAUCAUGCCUCAGUCAGCGGCUGUCAUCAGCGGUGUCCAGAGGAUGGUUCUGUACGAAACCAGGGCUAGGUAUUUUUUGGUGGGCAGCAAUCAGGCACAGACCAAACACCGUGUCCUGAAGAUUGACCGCACAGAACCCAGGGAUCUGGUGGUAAUUGACGAUAAGCAUGUAUACAGCCAGCAGGAGGUCCGGGAGUUGCUGGGGCGCCUGGACCUGGGCAACCGCACCAAAAUUGGCCAGAAGGGCUCAUCCGGCCUGUCCAGAGCUCUCUCAGCCUGUGGCAUUGUGGGGUUUGUGCGUUUCCUCGAAGGGUACUACAUUGUGUUGAUCACCAAGCGGCGAAAGAUGGCUGAUAUCGGUGGCCACUCCAUCUACAAAAUUGAGGACACCAGCAUGAUUUAUAUCCCCAAUGACUCUGUCAGGGUCACACACCCAGACGAGGCGAGGUAUGUGCGCAUCUUCCAGAACGUGGACCUGUCGAGCAACUUCUAUUUCAGCUACAGCUAUGACCUGAGCCACUCGCUGCAGUAUAAUCUGACUCUGCUACAGAGGCCGUGUGACCCGGGAGCGGCGGUGGACUCGUCGGUGGAGGAAGAGGUCCAUCCACACAGCAAGCAGGACAGCUUUGAUAUCUUUGAGGAUGAGGGGCUACCCACCCAAGUGGUCUAUGGCCUCCAGAAUGAGCCAUACUUCAAGUACGUGUGGAACGGAAAGCUGCUGGAACGGGUGAAGGACACAGUGCAUCGCGACUGGCUCAUGUACAUUAUCCACGGCUUUUGUGGCCAGUCCAAGCUCCUGAUCUACGGCCGACCAGUUCAUGUCACCCUCAUUGCCAGGCGUUCCAGCAAAUUCGCAGGGACCCGCUUCCUCAAAAGAGGAGCCAACUGUGAGGGGGACGUGGCCAAUGAGGUGGAGACUGAGCAGAUUAUCCAUGAUGCCUCUGUGAUGUCCUUUGUAGCAGGUAGUUACUCCUCCUACGUCCAGGUACGGGGUUCGGUCCCACUGUACUGGUCCCAGGACAUCUCUACCAUGAUGCCCAAGCCCCCAAUACGCUUGGACCAGGCUGACCCAUACGCCCAUGUAGCAGCACUCCAUUUUGACCAGAUGUUGCAGCGCUUUGGCUCACCCAUCAUCAUCCUCAAUCUGGUCAAGAAACGAGAGAAAAGGAAACAUGAGAAGAUUCUGAGUGAGGAGCUUUAUCCAGCUGUGAACAACCUCAACCAGUUCCUUCCUCCGGACCACUGCAUCGACUACAUUGCCUGGGACAUGGCCCGCUACACCAAAAGUAAGCUCUGCAAUGUGUUGGACCGUCUUAGCAUGAUUGCUGAAAAUGUGGUCAAGCGAACAGGUUUCUUCAUCAACCGCUCAGACUUCUACUGCCAUACUGUGAGACCAGACGAGAGGUGGAGAGAUGUAGGAGGAAACCUCACAUCCACAGGACGUGUUCAGACUGGAGUGUUACGAACCAACUGUGUGGAUUGCCUGGACCGGACCAACACUGCCCAGUUCAUGGUGGGGAAGUGUGCACUGGCCUAUCAGCUCUAUGCUUUGGGCAUGAUUGACAAGCCCAAGCUACAGUUUGAUACAGAUUGUGUCAGGUUAUUUGAGGAGCUGUAUGAAGACCAUGGAGACACUCUGUCUCUGCAGUAUGGCGGAUCCCAGCUGGUCCACAGGGUCAAGACCUACCGCAAGAUUGCUCCAUGGACACAGCACUCCAAAGACAUCAUGCAGACUCUGUCACGCUACUACAGCAAUGCCUUCUCAGAUGCUGACAGACAGGAUGCCAUCAACCUAUUCCUCCAGGUCUACCAGCCAUUGGAGUCCAAGCCACACCUGUGGGAGCUGCCCACCGACUUCUACCUGCAUCAGAGGAGUACCAUGGCCCUGCCCCAGGAGAGACGCAGCUAUACAAAUUGGUGGUCAGAAGGAACUAUCUCCUAUCUGCCAUUGGCCUAUGAUGAAGCCCCCUGUGAGGACAACAUGAAGAAGGUGAAGGUGAGGAGAGUGAACCGCUAUGAUGAGACCACCGACAUCUACACCGAGUUCUUCAAGCCGUACGAACUCACCUCCUUCGACGAGACCUUUUGUGUUGCGAUAACCAACUCGGCGAGGGAGUUUAUGCCCAAGACCGUGGGACUGGAUCCAAGUCCUUUCACAGUACGCAAGCCAGAGGAGACGGGGAAAUCGGUGCUGGGUACCAAGACUAAUAAGGAGGAGGCGGUGCUGCAGAGGAAAACCGCGGCCAGCGCACCUCCCCCACCCACCGAGGAGGCCAUCUCCAGCACAUCGGAGGAUGACUCUGAGGAGGACCGUGAUGAUGACGGAGCCGUGUCCCAGCGGUCCACCCCCAUCAAGCUGGUCACCGAGUGUGGGGAUAGCAGCCGCACACAAGAGGAGUUCCAGCAGCAGCAAGUAAGGGAGACCUACGGACUCAAUCUCGCCGAGUUUCCUGCCGAGGAAGACGUGCACAUAUACGAGAGAUUUGCACGUCUGGGCCAGAACCAACACAAGGUGGAGAGAACCGAACCCAUACAUCUGGCCAACAUCAUCUGCCUACAGCCCGUGUCAUCCUUCCAGGAGGACAGCAUCUAUGCUGUUUGUCCUCCGCAGGUGGACAGAGGGAGCCGUGAGGUGUUUGAGAGCCACGUGAUGACCGGCCAGGGCCUGAUGAGGGCGCUGUGCAGGGAGGACAUGUUGAUGUACAGGGAGUACAUCAAGAACAGAUAUAUGUGAGACGCUGAGACCAGCCACAUGACUUUUAAGCCUACAUGUACAGCCAAGGCCUUACCUCAGAGGUCAACCACUGACCCCGCCCGUUACCGACAUAACACCAUGAAACUCACAGUGAUGGCAUUACAGCAAGACCUGGGAAGUUGUGGACUGGGAAAAUGACCAGGACAGUGAUUGGUUUCUUACACCCAAGCCUGCGACUGGAUUUUUUUUUUAUUGGCGUAGACAACAGUGUUAUGAUGAUAACGAUAUGUUUCAUGUUAAUGUAAUGUAAUGUAACUGGACCAACUUAUUUCUCAAGAUGGAUUUUAAAGAGACAGGAAAUGUAGGCACGGCCUGUUUUAGCAACUGUUUGAAUGUAAUUUGGGUGUAAGAUGGGUCUUUUUUUUCUUUCUUUCUUUUGGAAGGCUGGCCCUGUGUUGCUUUUUAUUUAUUUUUUAUUUCAAUUGUCCACCCGAUUCAAUUUUAAUUGCAACACAUUUUAGAGGAAAAAUUCUUCAACUGAAUGUGAUUUUGUCCCUUGUUUUAUUUUCAUUAAAAGGAUGUCAUUUGCAAAAUUUGUGGCGACUCCUUGUGAAUUCAAACUCGGUUAUAAAUGUUGUCAGGAUUUGACAGCAGAACAUGCAUAAAACAUCAGGCGGAUCGCCAUUUUAGUCUCACAUACCUGCUUUUAAGAAACACCUGGAACCAGUCAACUCUGACUGGUUCCAGGUGUUUGCCAGGUACCGACAAGAUAUCACGACAGUUUUAUUAUUCGUCACUGGUGUUACGGAAAAGCGCAGGCUCUGAUCUUUUACCACGUUGAAUUUAAAGUUUACUUUGUGAUCUGUGGAGCAAGUUAGGGCCAUGUCCUAGCGACCUUAAAACAUGCAAAGUAGCCAAUUAUAAAGUCAAACGUAUAAGAAAGACAGCGAGGAUACAAACACCAUCCCCGUCUUCCUCACUGAAAUUCCUGCAGACGGGUGCAUUUCAUCUGAUAACAGUGUUAUAUAACUUAAUGAAAUCACAAUGUCCAUCUCAAUUCUUUUUUUCAUUUUAUUAUUUUAUUCGUGAUCAUAUUUUGUGUUUACUGCUAUGGCAACACCAAUAUUUGACUAAACUUCUCAGCCACUGGGGGGAAGAUGAGAUGAAGUUUGUAUUCCAGAUUAAUGAAGCAUCACUUCCUAUGACGCAGCAUGAAGGGUGUUUAGUGAAGCCUGUCAAAACCAUCGGUGCCGUCAGGUGAUUUGAAGGGGUCAGAGGAGAGGAGAAUGAUCUGAUGUAAACCGGCACAACGAGGUUUAGAGUGAAACCCCAUGAACUUGUCAUUUGAAUUUGUUUCUGUCUUAACGGGUGUCUGAUGUUGAAUUUUGUUUUAUAUCACCGCCUCACAGAGAUGUCAUGUGAUUGUUAUGUCAUGUGAUUAUUA